AUGCUGUUCACAUUUCGGCGCUCUGUCGUUCCUGCAGUGUGGUUCUCUAGGCCUCCUCUUCCAUUAUACGACCCGCAAGCUAUCUCCGAUCAUUUCUGGAAGUCUAUCCCCGAAAUCUGGGCUAAUACGUUCAAGACCAAUGUCGAAAGAGCGUACCUUAUGUCUGUCACAUUUCUGUCAAGGUUUGCAAAGGGAAGAGAAGUUAACCCCAAAUAUACUUCCACCAUUAUAAACCAUGGUUCAAUUUGCGAUGCCUCGAGUAAGGCCACCUUUCCACAGCUGACCCGGAUGCUUGCAUAUAACUUCGUGCAGACGAAGGUUCGUGUCAACCGCAUUGCGCCUAGAAUAUUCCCAAGCGAAACACAAAAAGUCGUGAUUGACAAGCAAAUGUCAGACCCAGUCGGAAGACCAGCGAAUGGGUUCGAUAUGACUGCCCCUAUUCUAUUCCCUCACAGGUUCAGGGGGGCCUUUUACAACGAGCAUACCCUCCAUCUUAGUGGAAGAAACAACCUGGUUCAGCCGACCGCAAAUUAG